AUGACGUACGCCCCGCCAUACUCAUCAUGGUACCCUCAACCACCACUACCACCACCACAACCACUACAACCACCACUACAACCACUACCACCACAAACACAAACCCCAAUCCUCUACCCACAAAUACCAACAACAACAACAACAACACCACAACCACAAAUACCGACUCAAACCCUUUACCAACAACCACCACUACCACUACAACCAUCACAACAACAUCCACUCACGAGUACAACGGUGGAACCGGAGACAAUUCGCCAGUUUCAGGCGGUGGAUCGGUUGAACAGAGGUAAAAUAGGAGUUCCAGAGCUUAAUACCGCCCUAAGUGCAUCUGGUAUGAGAUUUAGCUACGCCACAACAGAACGAUUGCUGCGUAUGUACGAUGUGGAUUAUGAUGGAGAGAUAUUUGUAAAUGAGUUUCAAAUGGUGCUUGAGUACAUUCGAUACAUGGGUGCAGCCUUUCGUCGCAGAGAUACAAGUGGUGAUGGACGACUUAGUGGCGAUGAAGUGCGGGUGGCACUGAAAGAGAGUGGGUAUCACCUUAAUGAUUCUACAUUCCAAGUAAUGAUGCGUAAGUUUGACCGAUCGAAACGGGGAAGUCUUGGCUUUGAUGAUUACAUUGAGAUUUCCAUUUUUUUAUCCAAUGUAUCUAAUGCUUUUAAUGAGAAUGUGCGGACAGACGGUAACGUGAUAUUUGACUUUGAUAAGUUUAUUGUGGUUUCUGUUUCGCUGCUGUGA